CCGGACCCCUGGGUCCCCUGGGGGUCUGAGCGGCCCACCGGGGGCCGGGGGCCGGGGGGGGACAAGGGGGGUGGUCGUCCGACUCAUGAAGAACAAGUUGAAACGCAAAGGAGCGUGCGGACCCUUUGGCUGCGACCUGGGGGAGUUUCUGGAGCGCUCAGGCCAAGAUGUGCCGUACGUGCUGAGGAGCUGCGCGGAGUUCAUCGAGACUCACGGCGUCGUGGACGGCGUCUACCGCCUCUCCGGGGUCACCUCCAACAUCCAGAAACUGAGGCAGGAGUUUGUGUCGGACCAGUGCCCGGACCUAAGGCGGGAAGUUUACCUCCAGGACAUCCACUGCGUGGGCUCCCUCUGCAAACUAUACUUCCGCGAGCUGCCCAACCCCCUCCUCACCUAUGACCUCUACCACAAGUUCACGGAUGCCGUUUCCCACUGCCCGGAAGAGGGGCGCCUGGCCCGGAUUCAACAUGUCAUCCGUGAGCUCCCUGCCCCCCAUUACAGGACCCUGGAAUACCUGAUCCGACACCUAAGCCGCAUCGCGUCGUUCAGCCAACUGACCAACAUGCACGCCCGGAAUCUGGCACUGGUGUGGGCGCCCAACCUCCUCAGGCCGAAGGACACGGACGUCGUCGGCUGCAAUGGCGACGCCGCCUUCCUGCAAGUGCGAAUUCAGCAGGUGGUCGUCGAGUACAUCCUCAACCACGUGGACCAGAUCUUCAUGGACGGACCCCCGGGGACCCCCCACGAGAACCGUCCGGUGGUGAAGAGCCUGACCCUGCCAUCGCUGUCGUCGGCGUCGAUGAAGCUGGUGUCCCUGGAGGAGGCCCAGGCCCGCGGCCUCGGUCUCCCCACGGGCCUCCUCGCCUCCGCCUCGGCCCGGCCGGCCCGCAAGGAGCGCCGGGAAAACAGCCUCCCUGACAUCGCCGUGGCCCCCGCUCCCGCCGCCCUCUUCCACACCGUCCUCGACUUCCCCGACAGCAAGAGGAAGCUGUCCAGCAAAUCGAAGAAAUGGAAAUCGAUAUUUAACCUGGGCCGGUCGGGGCCGGACGCCAAAACCAAGCUCAGCCGGAAUGGAAGCAUCUUCGUCAGGGGACAGAGACUGAGCGAAAAAGCCGCCAUCCGGCCUGCGAAGAGCAUGGAUUCCCUGUGCUCUCUGCCCGUGGAAGGGGACGACCCCAAGGGCGUCCUGAAGCGGACCUUGGCGACCGGAGGCUUCUUCGUCCCGGCCACGAAGCGGCCCCCGGCCGGGCCCGGGGAGCCGAGCGGCGGCGAGGAGGAGGAGGCCGGCGCGUGGGGGCCGGCGGAGGGAAGGCCCGGCCAAGGCCCCGGCCCCCCGGGCCGCCCGCCCCCCGAGCAGCUGAAGGUGUUCCGCGCCCUGCAGCCCCCGGAGCCGGAGCAAGGCCCCCCGAAGAUGCUGGCUAUGUUCUACACGUCGGGCGAGGGGGCGGCCCAGGCCCAGGCCCAGGCCCAGGCCCAGGCCCAGGCCCAGGCCGGUUUGGGCCGCUUCCCCGGGCCCGAGGGGUCCCCCCGGCCCCCGCGCCAGGCGCUGGACAUCUCGGAGCCCUUCGCCGUGUCCGUGCCCUUGCGGGUGUCCGCCGUCAUCAGCGCCAACAGCACGCCUUGCCGCUCGCCCGGCCGGGCCGCGGCUUCGGUUCCCGAGGAGACGACGGGGGCCGGCGCACGGCCGGAUUCGGCGGCCGAGGAGGAGGAACGCCGGGAGCCGGAGGCCGGCGGCCACCACGGUGUCGUCGUCGUCGGACCGCUCCCGGAGAGGGACCCAGACCCGGCCGGAGCGGGAGACGCGUGGCAACUGGCCCAGCCCGAGCCCUCGGUUGCCCCCGAAGAGGACGGAGACGGCCUCCCGUGGCCGGCCCUGCAGCUCGAGCUGAAGAUCGUCGAGGCCGAGGAGCUCCCGGGCCCGGAGUCCCCGUCCCCGGCCGUCCCGGGGGAGCCGCGGGACCGUCCCCGGACCCCCGACCGGCCGGCCGAGAGCCCGGAGCCGGCCCCGCCGGGCGCGGACGGGCCCGAGGACGAGGCGCUGUCGGACGGCGGGCCCCAGGGCCUGGAGCUGGAGGAGCCGUGGGAGGAGCCGCAGUGGGUCACCAGCCCCCUGCACUCGCCCACCCUGGCGGAGGACCCCCCCGCCCCCGCCCCCGCCGCGGCCCCCCCCCCCGACGGCGAGGGGCCGGGCCCGGAGGCCCGCCGCGUGGCCCCGGCCUUCGCGCCCGCCCGGGCCCGGCCGGCCUCCCUCGACCUGGACGCGGCCUUCCCCGCCGCCGACUUCUUCGCCUUCGAGGCCGCGGGCUCGGGGGUCCCGGGGGAGGCCGCGGGCCCCGCCACGGCCUCCCCCGCCGCCCCCGGCCGCCGCAACUCGGCCCCGGUCAGCGUGGCGGCCGUGCGCACCUCUUUCCUGCUGCGCAUGGGCCGGGCCCGGGCCGUGCCCGUCGUCCCCCCGAAGGUCCAGUACACCGAGGUGCCGCGGCCGCUGCCCCCCGGCCCCCGACCCCCCGGCGCCCCCCGGCCGACACGGGGACGAGGAAGGCGCGGCUCGGCCCCGGCGCCCCCCGAGGCCGCCCCCCAGGCCGCCCCCGUCCUCCGUCGGAAGCGGGCGUCGGACGCGGGCAGGCCCGGGGGCGCCCCGCUCUCCUCCAAGAUGGAGCGGCCCACGGGGGGCUCCACGCCCUUCUUCCGGGCCAGGCCGGGGCGACCGCGGAGCCUGAUCCUGCUGGGCCCUCCUUUCCCCGUCACGGACCCCCCGCCGGCCGCCGACCCCCGGGGGGCGGACGCCCCGGGCGAGGCCCCGUGGGUCAGCCUGAGGAGCAAGAUGACCAUCCCCAAGAACGGCCAGCGGCUCGAGACCUCCACCAGCUGCUUCUACCAGCCCCAGCGCAAGUCGGUCAUCCUGGACGGGCGGAGCGGACGGCAGACGGAGUAGGGGACGCCCCCCCCGAGACCCCCGCGGCCGCUCUCGUUCCCGCUCUUCCGCCGCGGACGAGACGGCGGCCGGAGAGACCCAGGCCCGCCCGCCCGCCCGUCUCCGGGGGGGCUUCCUCCUGGGCGAGGGCCUUCCUCCCGUCGGCCUCA